CAUCAGCACAGGGACAAGUUGACGGAAACAAGUCGCAGUUCAUUCAUUUUUACACCAGCAGGCAUGCUUCAUGGAGCCACAAACACUCCUCCCACCGCCUGGACACAGACUUGCUCCACUUUGCUCGGCGUGUUUCUGAACUUUUCACUGCUACAGCACUAUGGACCCGCUAUGGACGGACACCGGCGCUCCGGUACGGCAUGCAAAUACGUACUCUGACGUCGGCGAUCAUGUGGCUUUUGGCGUAGAUCCUCCUUGUGAUCGCCAGUUUUUUCUUUCCUGUCGCCUGUUGUCUGCUCGGUUAUUGGACCGCCGUGAGAGUGUCUAAAACAGAUUUGUGUUAUUCCUUGGUUCAACAGUCGCUUUGGGAUUGUACCACACUACCUGAGCAUCGCGCCAAAUCGGUGUGCAGCACAUCCCUUCUGAAGGCAGAGAGGCAGUUUGUCUUACCACAAAGUGGGCACCAAAUUACCUGAGGGAGGCUUAAAGUUACCUGGAGCUUCACCUGACUUACCCAACAUGGUGAAAAAGUAGCUUCCUGUCAUGCAGUUCCAGGAGGUCGUCCAGCACUGGAGCUGACACUGUCAGCGAGCCCGGCUUUCACCACACUGCAGCAGUCCCAACUCUACCAGAUCUUCACCUUCCUCUGCCCUCCACUCUCCAGCUUUAAUCUUACCCCAGGGGACGACUGAUCCUAAGACUCCUUGGCUGCUCACUCCCAUCCCAGAAACGGUCCUAUGCUGUCCUAAUAUAACAUCCCAGGCCUGUUUCUGGGAACCAGAACAAGUCAGUCUGCUGUUCAUUAGCAUCCUAAGACUGUUUAUCCACCUUUCAUCUGUGACAAAAGCUCAGCAUCCUGCAUCCUGGGCACCUCAGCCACUUUUAUAUCACCGCUGGCCAAGCACAGGCACCAAGCUGUCCACUUAGACAAAUCCAGGACCUACAAUCAUCAUGUCAAGUCGAAGGAAGGCCUCUACUCCCUGUAUGAUCCGACCGGAGCAGACCAUGGUAGAGCUGGAUGAUGAUGAGGAGGACUCUCAUGAUAUGGAGUGUGUCCAGCCUUCAGUAGAGAACCACACUGAAGAGGGCCCCAUGGAGACAAAUCUCUCCGCAGAAACCGAGCCUGGUGUGGAGUUAGACCUGACAGGAAAAGCCUCGGACCCGACCACAGCUCCAGACAAACCAGCAGCUGAGCCGCCGGACCCUUCCAAGACUCAGCGCAGACAGCAGGGGGGCUACGAGUGUAAAUACUGCCCCUUCUCCACGCAAAACCUCAACACUUUCAAAGAACACGUUGACGCCAACCACCCCAACGUCAUCCUCAACCCCCUGUACCUGUGCGCCGUCUGUAACUUCAACACAAAGAAGUUUGACACCCUGACGGAGCACAACGAGAGGUGUCACCCAGGGGAGAGCAACUUUAAGUUCAAACGGAUCAAACUAAACAAUCAGACAAUCUUAGAACAGACAAUAGAGGGCUGCAGCAACGCCAUCAUUUAUAACACAUCCAAAGGGGACGAAGUCAGUGCUCUGCCUCUUAACAAACCCAGCACAGCUAAGAUCAGUAAACCAAAAACAGUGUCCUCAGAUAACAAACGGACUGAGUCUCAGAUCGGUAAACUUACCCAAGAUCUGACCAAGAAGCCAAUCACAGCGGUCAAUGUGAACGGGACAGUAAUCAUCCCUGAGACGACUUUACUCAAAGCAGACGGCCUUUCUCACAUCAUGCCUUCCCUACAGCGGCCUAUAAACUACACCCAGGUGCCGAAGAUCGCAGUGCCCCUCAACACAACCAAAUACAACCCCUCACUGGACGACAACCUGACGCUCAUCUCCUCCUUUAACAAGUUCCCGUACCCGACCCAAGCUGAGCUCUCCUGGCUCACCGCAGCCUCAAAACAUCCAGAGGAGCAAAUCAAAGUCUGGUUCACCACACAGAGGCUCAAACAGGGCAUUAGCUGGUCUCCUGAGGAGGUGGAAGAAGCCAGAAAAAAAAUGUUCAACGGCACAAUCUCUUCCGUGCCUCAGACCUUUGCCGUGGUCGCUCCUCAGAUCAACUCCCAAUCAUCCUCCAACCUGUCCGCCUCCUCCGCCGCCUCCAAACCCUUACAGCAGGCCGCCUCCGUCCUGCAGUCGCUGCCAUGUCAGCUCCUGGGACAGACCAGCCUGGUGCUGACUCCUGUAGCUAAUGGCUCCACGGUCACAUGUGCACCGCUGGCACUCACUGUCGCAAAUCAGUCACUCAAACGUCCCCUGGCCUCCCCUGGGAUCACCACAGAGAGUAAAAGACCCUCCAUCAUUCAGACCAUCUCUGCGCCCAUGACACCAUCCAAGCUGGCCUCAUCCAAGGUGCUCAGUUUCACCGUUGACCACAACAAAACCUCUGAGCAGCUCUCGGUGCUGAGAUCCAGCUACACACAGUGUCCUUUCCCUGAGGAAGACGAGAUCUACAGGCUGAUAGAAACCACCGGGCUGUCCAGAGGAGAGAUAAAGAAAUGGUUCAGUGAGCAGAGACUCCUUAAUCUCAAAGGCGUUCCUCCUCCACCUGUUCUGGUGAAGGCCGAGGUGACAUCAGCAUCCAAAGACGCUCCCGUGAAGAAAGCGGUGCCCAGCCACUUCCCCCUGCUGGAGAGGGUGAAGGGGAAAUCAUCGGAGCAGCUGAAGGCGCUGGAGGAGAGUUUUCAGAGAAGCAGCUCUCCAACUGAGGCAGAUCUAGACCAGCUGGCCCAGGAGACCCGCCUGUCCAAGACGGAGGUGGACUGCUGGUUUUCAGAGCGGCGGGCGCUGAGGGACAACAUGGAGAAGGCUUUACUCAGCAUGGCUUCAAAGAGCUCCGAGGACAGGGUGGACCGGCCAGGAGCGCUGCUGAACGGAGCGUCGCAUCGAGAGCAGGACGGGAAACGCUCCUCUCCUCACCCACCUGUCCUCUCCUCCUCCUCCUCAUCCUCCCCUCCUGUGCUCGCUGUCUCCUCCCCUCACCCACCAAUCCUCUCCUCCUCUGCCUCACCUCCCAUCCUCACAUCAUCAUCCUCCUCUUCUCCUCAUCCUCCCAUCCUGUCGGCCUCCACCAGCCCGGCUCCAAUUAUCGGCCGCUCACUCACACUGCUCAGAGAGAUGUUCUGUCGGACUCAGUGGCCUUCUCCUGAGGAGUACAGCCAGCUGGAGGUCCAAACAAGUCUCGGACGCACAGACAUUGUCCGCUGGUUCAAGGACCACCGCUCUGCUCUGAAGAAUGGUGAAACUCUCGACUGGGUGGAAAAUUUCCAAAACCAGAACCCUGCAGAGCAGCAGAGAAGCAGCCAGGAACAGAACGGACAGAGCUCUGACAAAAAACAGACCGUUUCCCUGGAAGCCAAGGCUGUGAAAAUGGAGGAGGUUGGUGAGAACACAGCAGCAACUACAGAGCGUUCUGACCGAGACAAAGUCCAGUGGUUGACAGACAGGUUAGCUCAAAGUGUGACAGAUCUGAGCCGGGCCGGGCCUGACCAGACCAGCUCCAACGCUGCUGACAAAGGAAGGUGGGUAAAAGUGACUGUGGCAGUGGGAGAGGAUAGAGAAGGAGUGGACAGACAGAAACUGGCAGCAGACACUGAAGUCCUGACUUUGGAGCAGCCUGGGAGGGUCACUGGUUGAUGGUGGAGUCAAUCAUGAACUGCUGUGUCUUUGUACAAUGAAUCACAACACAAGAUGACUCGGCGUGGAACCAGUGGAAACUGUCUGCCUGUGAUGUCAUCAGAAAGCGCCAGAGACUGGAGUCAAAGCACUGAUAUGUGGUUCAGAUGCUGACACAAAGAGGAGUGCCAAAGCUGGACUUGAUGCAUUGUUCUUACUACUACUACACUUUAGUUUGUUUUGUAAAAGAAGAAGCACCCUUGUAAAUAUUUUUCUGUAUUACAAAGUAAAAGUUUGUACAGUUUUACUGGGAGGGCGACUUUUGUUACAUUUUUAAGAAAAAAAGUCUAACUGGUGCCCCCAAAACCUGGAAUGUUUUUUGUUUAGUUGUUCUAAGAUCAACGUGUAUGAUAGUUUGUUAUUGCUGAAAAUCAGUCCUAUUUUUUUGAGAAGCAUACGUGCGCAGUACUCAGUAUGAGUAGUGUUUGAUGGCACUUACAUAUAUCUUCCUGGUAGCGAUAGAUAUUUACACACUAGGUCACGUCAUCUCAAACUGUUAAGAAACAGUGACUAUUUCUGUCCUACGGCGUCACCUUAACUCGCUGCAUAGAUUUACUCUGGUGGCGAAAAGACAGGGGUUGAUUUGGAGAUUUGAACUUCACUGUCACUCCUGGGAGGCUGGAGAAUCAACAGGAUCAGCCACAGGGGCAGAAUGAAAUGAAUUAAUGCACUAUAUGUCCCGGUUUUCAGUCUCCUUUUUGAUCAGCUGAUUUUAGCAUCAGUUUGAGUCUCAAACUGCUCAGAAUGUCUUUUUUCCUGAUAUAGAAACGAUUGAUACAGAAUUGAGUAGUGUCUGUUUGAUCGCACCGUGCUGCCUUUUCAGCUCUUUUAUCUGACUUUUGCCGUCUGUCUCAGAAGUGGGCACAGCACAGACUGACCAUGAAGGUUAUCACUUCUUUGUUUAAAAUACUCUUGACUGAUUCUUGCCAAGAACAUUUUGGCACAAGUGUUUCACGCAUGAUAGAAUAACUCCUUUUAUUCGGGCCAUUUCACAUGUCCAUGUUGCUCAGCUGUGAUCUGUGAACACACGUCUCGUCGUCUCUCUCGGCUCUCUGACAAAAGGAAAUCCUCCCAAUUAAAGCUGGGUCAGGUUUAAUGCAUUUUACGUCAUCACUCCAGACUAUGUUAAAGGAUAAAUCGGUCUCCCAGCUGCAGAGCUACGUAAGCUCUGCUGAUUUCCUCAAAAACAGCAGAAAGCAUUCAGAAUAUCACAACAGCCAAAGCUUUCAUGAACCGCUUGCAUGCGCUCCAACAAUUUCCUUUUAAGAACUGGUUUUCACAAAUCAUUUAAAAGGGAUUUCAGUGUUCAAACUGCAAUUGCUUGCAGUAUUUCAGCAAGCCCAAAAAAGUUAAGUUGAACUGUCAGCUGUUUUUUUAGCAGCAGGUGUACUGCUGUCUGCUGGCUGAAUGUCUGCUGCUGCUGCUUUAGUUUCAUGUUCAGACGAGUAUCUGGGAUACUGUACACUCUGUUUGCUACUUUGAGAAACUGCUUGCAUUUUCAUUUUCUACUUUUAAGUCUGCUGUAACUCAAUAAAUACACAACCAACUGUAAAACCCACCUCAGUCUGCCAGUGU